AUGUCUGAAGUAUUCCCUGAAACAAAUACUCCCGUGCAAACCCCAUCAACUGAAAGUUUUGUUAAUAAGAUGAACGAAAGCGAACACGAUAAACUUACUCAGGAAACGAAUAAUAAUAGUAAUACGAAUAGUAAUAAUACUCAAGAACCACUUCUGCCUCCUAAUCCAUCUCCAAGCCCUGAAAAGAGAAAAUUAGACGAUGAAGAUGUUGAGGGUAACUCUAACGAACAAGAAGGUACAGACACGGUUAAGGAACCAGAAGUAAAGAAACAAAAGACUGAAGGUGAAGAUAAAACCGAUGAGAUUUCUGGAGAUCAACCAGAAGGCAAACCAGAGGAUAAACCAGAGGAUAAACCAGAGGACAAACCAGAGGACAAACCAGAAGACAAACCAGAAGACAAACCAGAAGACAAACCAGAGGAGAAUCCUAUGGAAGUGGAUAAAGAAUCGACAAAUCCGGUGGAAGAGUCAACAAAGACACAGUCAUCUGGAGAAAAUCAAGAUGAUGCACCUGAUGUUGAAGAAAUUCCAGCCCCAGCACCUCCUGUUUUCACUGAACCAGCUCCAAAACCACCUCAAGAACCAGAUGUCAAUAAUUUGCCUGCUAAUCCAAUACCAGCGCAUCAAUCUAAAUUUGUACUCAACGUGAUUAAGGUUAUUAAAAGAAAUAGAGAAGCAGUUCCAUUCUUACAUCCUGUUGAUACUGUCAAAUUGAAUAUUCCAUUCUAUUACAAUUAUAUUCCACGUCCAAUGGAUCUUUCCACAAUUGAAAGAAAAAUAAACUUGAAGGCAUAUGAAGACGUGUCUCAGAUUAUUGAUGAUUUUAAUCUCAUGGUUAAAAACUGUAAAAAAUUCAAUGGAGAAGCUGCAGGUAUUUCAAAGAUGGCUCUGAAUAUUCAAGCUCAAUUUGAAAAACAUAUGGUUAAAGUACCACCUAAGGAAUUACCCGUUGGUGUCAACAUUUCUACUGUAACUGCCCCAGCCACAUCACCAGUUUCAAAUAGAAGAAAAUCCACAUCUGAAUCUGACUCAGUUGCUGCUUCUAGACCAAAGAGAAAGAUUGUUCCACCAAAAGCCAAGGAUCUAGAAUACCACACGAAACCAAAGAAUAAGAAAUUUGCGGCGGAAUUGAGAUUUUGCAACCAGACCAUCAAAGAGCUUAUGUCGAAGAAACAUUAUAAUUACAAUUUCCCAUUUUUAGCACCAGUUGAUACGGUGGCCUUGAAUAUUCCAAACUAUCGUGAAAUUGUUAAGGAACCAAUGGAUUUGGGUACAAUCCAAACAAAGUUAACCAACAAUGAAUAUGAAAAUGGUGACCAGUUUGAAAAAGACGUAAGAUUGGUGUUUAAGAAUUGUUAUGCGUUCAAUCCAGAGGGUACUGAUGUUAACAUGAUGGGGCAUAGAUUGGAAGCCGUUUUUGAUAAGAAAUGGGCUAACAAGCCGGUUCCAGAGCCAACUCCACAAAACACAGAUGUCAGUGAUGGUAACUACAGUAGUGAAGACGAGGCAGAUGUUGAAAUUAGUGAGGCUAUGCUUUCAGAAGUUCCCGCUAUUCAAUUCUUGGAAAACCAAAUUAUACGAAUGAGAAAGGAGUUGGAUGAAUUGAAAAAAGAGCACUUGAAAAAGUUGAAAGAACAACAAGCAGCCAAGAAGAAGAAGAGACAACAAAAGGGUAAACGUAGAUCAUCCAAAGCUAAAGGAGCCAAAGAUAAUCACCACAAUAAUCAUCAUAGUCAUAGUGUGCAAGCUCCUCCUCCUCCACAGCCACCUAAAUUGACUCCACCGCAACCAGUUGUAACAUAUGAGAUGAAGAAACAGGUUUCCGAAAUGGUGCCAAACUUGUCAGAUAAGAAGUUGAAUGCAUUAAUUAAAAUUAUUCAAGAUGAUGUACAAAUCAACAAUGAUGAUGAAGUGGAAUUGGAUAUGGAUCAAUUGGAAGACCGUACUGUAUUGAAAUUGUAUGACUUUUUGUUUGGGGAUAAAGCGUUGAAGAAUUCUGCUGGUAAGAAGAAGAAGUCUAUUGGUAAUAAUAAUCUUGAUGAAUUGGCACAUUUAAGAAACCAGUUGGCAUUGUUUGAUGAAGGUGCUGAAGGAAAUGGUCAAUCACAACAAGAUAAUGGAUUUAUGGGCAUUACACAUCAAGAAGAAUCAUCAGAAGAUGAUGCAUCUUCAGAAAGUUCAGAAGAAGAAUAA